AAGGUGUCCCUCAAGGGUAGGAAGCUCCAUGGUGUGGCGACAAACAUAAAAAUCGUCAUGAUAUGUAUAUUAGUGAGUGCUCUGCUACUUAUGGCUCGGACUCAGCAUCAUGGCCACCACGGGACAAUGACGCUUGGGCAGUUGCUGUUGGUGGAUGCCAUAGCAAUUUCAUGCCGAGAAUUGGUUCAUAUAUAAACCCAGAGGAACUUGGGUUUACAUAUAGAAAGCGACAACCAAAGGGGAAUUCAUAUAUGAGCUUGAUGUUAUCAGACAUGGCCGAAAAACAAGCGAAAGAUAGGGAGGCAAUGCAAAUGAUGCGAGAUGAAAUAGGGCAAGUCAAAGAGCAACGAGAAGCAAUGCAACGGAUGAUGGAAGAAAUUGGGAGGAUGCAGGCUUCUUUAUCGCAGCAAUUCACUUCUUUUAGUGCGUACGGGAUGCGCCCGCCUAGUGCUACGCCAUCGUUGCCUCACAUCGAGCAAGCAUUUCCUCCUGUAGGGACAUCAUUCCCUACUGCUGGGCCAUCGUUUCAUGCUAGUGGGCCAUCAUUUCCUCAUGCAAUGCCAAUGCAACUCUCGAUAGAACCUGCAUUCCCAAUGGGCCAAAUGGGGAGACAGUCAGAAGUUCCAAAUACAUCUUCACCUAAUCCCCCGCAAGAUGAGUUUGGUUAUCAGCCGAGAUUUGAUGCAGAUUACCAGGGUCCUUCUGGGCUCGAAUGAUCAGUGUGCAUGAGGUUGUGAACUCAAAACGUGGCAUGUUCUUGCUACUUGAGGAAAAUACUUUUAUUUUUGGAUGGAUGAUUUGAACUUGUUAGGACAUGAGUGUAUAUGUUAGUUGGAAUUGAAUGGUUUGCGGUAAUAUUAACUGAAUU